AGACAGGAGUAGCGUAAGUGGCAAGGUCUAGAUCUAAGCAAACCAACAAUCUAAGAUCAUGGCAUAUUGCUAUGGAACAGCAGGAGAUGAUCACGACACACAGCUAGGUGACUUGUCCUUAUGUGAAUGGGAGCCAGAAAACCUUGAGAACUUCGAACCAAGCAGUGGUUUCUUCCUCGACGUGGACAUGGCACAAGAGAAAAUGGAACUAGACUUGGAGCUGCUGCCGAGUUCAGCUACCACAGAUGACAUGCUGAGAAGAUCCAACAGCGCCCCUUUGAUCAGUGGGCUUGGUGAUAACUCACAGGUGUUCCAGGCUGACACGUUAACAACUCCAAGAAAUAACACAACGUUUAUGGCACAACAUUGUCUGGAAGAAGGCAUGAAUUUAGUAACUAGAGAAGCAAUGCAUGAAUGGGAGGUACAAACCGCAAUACGGAUAAGUCGGUCUUGGGAAGAAAGUUUGAACCUGAGUGACAAUGAUUUAGAGAAACCAUCUUCAAAGCACAUCGAUUUAAUUCCAGUAUCCCCAGCAGCUCCUCCCACCAGGGGGAUUGGGAAGCAGUGUUUUCCUCCAUCGUUACAAACCCGUGUGAGUUGCACCACUUUGCCUCCAAGCCCUAUUCCUAGUCCUACGCAACAAUUUACAAUAAGAAGUCAAAACCCCACCAACAUUAUUAGACCAAGUAUCUGUGGACCAUUUAAAAGAAAAGGUGAAAUGACAUUUGAAGAUAAGCCAAAGAAACUUUUCCAAGGCACAACCAACAUGCUUUCUUCUGAUACUACUCAACAGUCUGAUAUGAAUGUGUGGGAGAAGAGCUGGCCUAGUCAGAUAUAGAAUCUUCCCAGUCUGCUCAAGGCAUUACCAAUCAAAUAGCCUCCGUCUGACACAUCAGAUUUGCAGAGUAAAAUAAAAGAAGGGCACGUUCAUUCUCUUCUUUACCCCCAAUGAAGAAAAGGAUAAGUUUCUUCUUAAGUUUGUAGUUCUAAUUCUCAACAGUUAUGGUGUUUGGGGGUGGGGAGGUGGGGGUAGGUUUCUCUCAAAAGAAAAAAUGGGAUAAAUGAAAGGUUUUGUAGGUCACUUAAAAGAAAUGCAGAGGGAUGCCUGGGUGGCUCAGUCGUUAAGCGUCUGCCUUCAGCUCAGGUCACGAUCCCGG